AUGGACGCUGCAACUGAACUCCACAACACGGUCCACGUGGUCAUGAGUGACCGCAGCGGCGCUGAUAGCACUGCUGGAGGUGGUAGCGACACCUGUGUCGCCGCGAUCAACAGGCUCGAGCGGUUUUUGGGUUCCGUCGACAAUCGGCUCGAGCGGCUCGAAGCGCUCCUGCCCGGAGGACGAGUUUCCGAGCAAUCUGGCGGUACCGAUACCACUACAUUCGGAGCGGCCACUGCGGCAGCCACUGCUGCAGCCCGGCCUCGUCUCGACCGGAUCAAGAAUCGGGGCAAGAAGUUUGUCAAGUGGGGGCGCGCUCAGGUGUCCGUAUCACCCUCGGGAGCGCUUCGCAAAAUGAAGGCACCCUUUGCGUACGCGGGGCUUGUUUCUUCGCCCACCGGGUCGUCGCAGCUGCAAGCUUUCCCUGCUGCCGAACAAACCGCGGCCAUAGAGUCUGAGGUCGACCCCAGUGUGCUUCACCUGUACCAUUUUUUGAAAAAUACCACCCAAGAGUUCCGCAGCCGCGAGUCCACACCUUUCGACUCUGCCCUCGACGCGGUCACACUUGUUUCGGACUCUUCGCCAGAUCUUGGCGUGCACAGCAUCCACAAGUUCAACCGCAUAUGGGACGAGCAUUUCAACGCGGAAACGGCGUCUACUCCAACUUUGGUAUCGUCUCCACCUUCCACCAACAGCAUUCAUUCCAGUGCCACUUUGCAAUCUGUCGAAACUACGCGUACGCAAGAUACCUCAAAGACAACCCAACUCCUUCACAACUUGGAUUUUCUGGACCAUCGUUUAGACGUGCUCAUCGAGGACCCGGCGCAAAUAGCACACACUAUCAACUUCUUCAACUGGAGUACCGCUCUCGAAUUUGGUAAAACUCGUCAUCUUCACUACUAUGAACUACCUUUCCCCUGGCGUGAAAACCGGUUCAUCAUCCACGGCUACCGUUUCCAUCAUUCCUAUCUCAAAUCCUUCCUGUCUAUUUUCAACUGGUAUGGCUGGCACAAUGAAACUAUCAAUAUUUGGACUCAUCUCGCGGGUGCCAUGUACUUUUUGUACUUGAUGGUGUACGGUUUCCCACAAACGGCGGUUUACCAGUCACCCCAGGUACCCUUUGCGGCCAAAUGCAUUGCUUACUUCUUUUUAGCGGCAGGCCUCGAAUGUUUCUUGUUUUCGGUGAACUGGCACACCUUCAAUGGUAUCUGCCACUUGGUAGACCGAUCUCGGUGCGCGUGUGCAGAUUACACCGGGAUCACGAUCCUGAUCACCGCUUCGAUUUUAACAACGGAAUUUGCCGUGCUCAGUGGCGAUUCCUCGUCUCCAUAUACCCUGCCGUUACUAUGUUACACAACGGCCUCGUUCAUAUUCGGUGCAUUUGGCGUUUUCAUGAAUUGGGCUCCUGCAUUUGAUAGACCAGAGGCCAGACCAUUGCGGAUUGCGUUUUAUCUUUUACUCGCCAGUAUGGGCUUGUUGUCCUAUAUUCAUUCCACCGUAUUGGGCGAGAACGUCGCGUCUUCGACUUUGAUCAAGCCCGUGUUGGUCAAAUCUCUUGUGUGGUACGUGGUGGGCGUUAUAUUUUACGGUACCUUUAUUCCAGAACGUUGGAGAACCGAUGUGCUUGUCGACGCACGGAUCCCAACCAACGAAGAACUUUCUACAAAUCUCGACAUCAUCACAAAACACAAGCAUAUCCAUUUCCGGCCCAAACCAACUCAACAUCCCAACUGCUGCAAGCCCACAAACGAAACCGAAACCAGAGAAAAGCGCAAAAGCCUCUCUUCCCUGUGGUGGGUCGACUAUUUCUGUUCUCAUACGUUAUGGCAUCUUUUUGUGAUGUGUGGUGUCACUGGACACUACCAAGCCAUGCUUGAAAUGUUCGAAAGACGGUGGUUGGCCUAA